AUGGCUUCGCAAAGCACUCUGCGCCCAAGCCUUAGUCGAGACGCCUCACUGGAUCGUAAAGACAAGAGGCUGCCGGCGGAGUCAGGGCUGCAAGUCGACCUAGAGAAGACUCCCACGACGACCUCGGUCAAACGCGAGCCCUCAACGCGCACUGUACACCCUGAGACCGACCUCGACCGUGGCAUUGUCGGCUGGGAUGGGCAGGACGACCCAGCCAACCCGAUGAACUUCGCCCCGUCGCGCAAAUGGACUCUUCUCGGCCUCGUCAGCGCGGUCACGUUUAUUUCCCCCCUUGCGUCGAGUAUUUUUUCGCCUGCGCUCGAAGAUCUGGCUCUCGAUAUGAGGAUCACGAAUGAGACGCUGCUUUCGUUCACUGUCAGCAUUUACUUGCUUGGGUAUACUUUCGGCCCCAUGCUGCUCGCCCCGCUGAGCGAGAUCUAUGGUCGCAGAAUCGUGCUCAGCUGCGCGAACUGGUUCUUCGUCGUCUGGCAGAUUGGCUGCGCGCUGGCGCCGAACCUUGCUUCCUUGAUCAUCUUCCGUCUUCUCGCCGGCGUCGGCGGAUCGGGCUGUAUCACCCUCGGUGCUGGAGUGAUUGCCGACCUGUUUCCCGUCCAGCAACGCGGACUGGCCACGGCGCUCUGGAGUCUCGGUCCCUUGAUGGGACCGGUCGUCGGCCCUAUCGCCGGCGGCUUUGUCGGCGAGUCUAUCGGCUGGCGCUGGGUCUUUUGGCUCCUGCUGAUCGCUGGCGGGGCGUUAUCGAUCGCCAUUGAAUGCUUCAACAAGGAGACCUACGCGCCGGUUUUGCUGCGAUGGAAGACGGCGAAGCUAUCCAAGGAACUCGGUCGGAGCGACCUGCGCAGUGUGUAUGAGGCAGAGGGCCAAACUGAAUCGCCGGGCCAGGUCCUCAAACUCGGCCUCAAACGUCCCAUCGUUCUCCUCUGCAAAUCCCCGAUCGUCCUGUUCGUGUCCACGUACAUUGCCCUUCUUUACGGCCUGCUUUAUCUGUUCUUCACCACGAUUCCCACGACGUUUGGCGACCAGUAUGGCUUCUCACCAGGCCUCUCCGGCCUCUCGUACCUGGGCAUUGGAAUCCCCGAGUUUAUCGGGCUAGCAAUAAUCGGCUUGACGAGCGACAAGAUCCUCCUCAGACUGGCCACCCGCAACGGGGGCAAAUUCGAGCCGGAAAUGCGGCUGCCGGCAAUGGUCUUUUGGUCGUGCUGGAUUCCCAUCAGCUUCUUCUGGUACGGCUGGGCCGCUGAGAAGAAGGCACAUUGGAUCGUCCCGAUCCUGGGAAUGGCGCCCUUUGGGCUCGGACUGAUGGGGGCCUGGAUGCCGAUUCAGAUCUAUAUCAUCGAUUGUUAUCCCAGAUAG